AUGAAGAACAUGAAUACUAACAUAGAUUCCAGAGAAAAGAAUAUGAAAAUCGAAAAGAACAAAAAACAACAGACUCGAAAAGAAUCAAACAUUAAAGAUAUACAUAAUAAGUACAAUAUAAAGAUAAAAAAAACAUACUCAAAAAAUAAAACUAAUGACAAAGUAGUUAUUGAUACAGCUGCUGGUAUACAUUUGGUACACAAUAAAGACUGGUUAUUAAACUUUUCAUCAUUGAUAAAAGGACCAGAAUAUUGGGGUGUAGGGGAUGAUAGAAACCCAAUAGAAAUACUUGGAGAAGGGAUACUACCAAUUAAAGGAGGUAGAAAUAAAAUAAUUGGUGUUACAGCAUACUAUUCUCCAAAACAAGAUGCAACAAUUUUGUCUGCAGACAAACUAUAUCAAGAAACUGGCAUUACCUUAGACAAAGGGUAUGAAUCGCUAGUGAACAAAGAAAAUGAGUUUGAUACGAAAACCUUAAAAUUAGGAAACACCAUAUGGGUCGAUACAGAUAAAAUUAUAGCUGUCAAGAUGACUGAUAAGAUAAUUAGAGCAGUUAAACCUAUUAAUCCAUUAGCGAUAAAACCUAAUAUCACACUUUUAGAAGCUCACUUACGUUUAAAUCAUUUUCCAGCCAGUGGAAUAAUAAAAUCAAUAGAAAUGAACAAUUUUGAUGAUGUGAAAAUGAUAAAUGAUAAAAAAAAUUCUAAAAAUAUAUGGUGUGAGAUAUGCGCUUCAGGUAAAUUACAUCGACACUUUCAUUAUACUGGUUCUAUGAAUCACUACACUUCACAAAAGGAACCAGGUGCUUCUUGGAGCUUGGAUAUAUUUGGUCCUGUUGAGCAUGUUAAAGAAAGAUAUUUACUCAUAAUGGUGGAUAGUGUAUCGAGAUUUAUUAUUGCAACAACCCAUAUCAAGAAAAAUAAAAAUGAAAUAGGAGAACAAAUUGGAUACAAUAUAAAUUGGAUUGAAAAACAAUUCGAUGUAAAAGUUAAAGAGUUAAUCAUGGAUAGGGGUAAAGAGUUUGACAAUCACGUAGUUGAAGAAUUAGCUCACGAAAACGGUAUUAAUAUUAUAUAUACUUCUACUGAAGAUCACCAAGCUAAUGGAAGAGCUGAAAGAGGUAUAAGAACAAUUAUUGAGGACACAAGAACAUUAUUGCUACAAUCAAGACUUCCCUUAAGGUUUUGGACAUAUGCAGCUAAAGCUUCAGUGAAUGUGAGAAACUGCGUAUAUAACAAAAAUGUUGGAGAAUCACCAUUAAUGAAAAUAUCAAAACAUAAAGUGAAAAUUAAAUUAAGAUCAUUCAUACCAUUUGGUGCCCCAGCUAUGAUAUGGGAUUACAGAAGCAGAAAAACAGAAGCACCAGGAAAAAGGGCUAUAACACUAUCCAAGGAUCCAAAAGGUUUUGGAUAUUAUUUUUAUGUACCAAAAGAAAAAAGAGUGAUAAGUACCACAAAUUAUAUAUUACCAGAUUAUACAAUAAAUCACAGUUUAAAUGAGAAGAAAGGAUAUGAUAUUAUUGGUACAUUUUUACAUGAGGUCAAAAACAAAAUUGGAGAUAUAAAUGACAUUGAUUAUGACGAGAAUGAAAUAGUAACAUUGUUACCAUCAGAUUUUGAAAAUGAACAUGAUAAUCUGGUAGAUGUUUUACACGAAGAUGAAAUAAGAGUUAAAGAACAUUUACUAAAUGACAUCCAAGAAGAAAUUAACGAUGUAACGCCAAUUAUUGAACCUAGAAGCAUAGAAAAUAUUAAAUUAGAUGAAUUGUUUGACGAUUUUGAAGUUGAAGAAGAACAUAUCAGCGAGGAAACGGAAUCAAGAGAGUCAUUAGGAGAAGAGCUGAUUACUUCUCAAAAUACUGUAGACACAGAACAGGAUGAACAAGAUGAACUGAAUGUGAACAAAUAUGAACCAGAAACUAAUUAUAAUGAUAAUAAUAAAAAUACUGGUGUCGAACAAUAUCCGGAAUUAAACAGCACAUAUAAAUCUCAAGAAAAUGAUCAAGCUAGUUUCAUGCAAGACUCAUUGGUAAGUAAAUGGAAGGAUAUAUUGAAAAAUAAGAUUGAACAGGAAGAAAUUAAAACAAACAUUAUUGAAGACUCAUUUAAACAUAGUAAAGCAUAUGCCUUGGAGAAACUUAACGAAACACAUACAACAGAAAAGAAAUUAGAAACUGAUAAACAACUAGUCUUAGAGAAUGACCUCAAUAUAACACUACAGGAACCUGAUACUCUUAAUAUAGAACAAGAAGACACACAAAAAGAAAAAGAUAAUGUUGAACAACGGAAAGUAUCAGAAAUAGAAUUAAGCAAUAAUGAAGGCGCAGAAAAUAUUUUGAAACAUGAAGAAAUAACAACAAUGGAUACAAACAUAACAGGUCAGAUAGGACAUAAUUUAAAGAAAUCAUCAAAAUCAUUGAGAUCAACUAAUAAUAAAUUACAUCAAGAAAUUAAUGACAAUGUUAAAAAUUUUAUAAAACGGAAGAUAGAAACUGAACACAAAAAGGAAAAGGAAAAGAACAAUGAAAAUAACAGUUUACAACAAGUUCUAGAAAGAGAAAAGGCACUGGAAAGUAAUGAUAUUAGUGUUGCUAAGAUUGACGAAGAACAAGAAAAGUAUUAUGAUGCUAAAGAAUCUGUUUCACUAGUAUCUACAUUACCAAAAGAGGAAGAUAAUUUAACUAAAUCAACCAAUACUACAGACUGGACAAAAAAAAACUUUACUUCCUUAAGGAAACCUAAAAUUAAAGAAUUAAAGAAAAGAUUAUUAGAAAACAACUUCGAAGAAACCAAUCUUGAUAAUAUCCCCAAGAUUAAUUUAACUAAUAUUGAUAAAAAAAUAAAGACUUACACCCUAAGAAGAUUUUUAAGAAGAAAAAGAUAA